AUGGCGUCUUCGCAGCCCGAAUUGAAAUUUGUGUCUAUCUCGAGUCCCGGACGUGCUGCCAAGCCUGGCGACGACCAUGCUUUGCGUUCUCAUGUUAGGAAGAUGGUGGCAUUCCACAAGUCAACCUAUCCUCGACCUGUACAGGUCAAAUUCAUGCCGGUGGCAUCCCCGUCAACAGGUAUCCGAUCCAACCGCAAGAGAAGGACGGCACCUGCCACUGCCGGGAGCAAUUCGACACGACAGCCACGCAGGGCGCCUGGUCGAAAGCCCGUAAGAGAAGAAGUCAUUCAACUCGCCCCGGUAGUAGAGUGUAGCCCGCCGGCAACGGUUCCGUCCAAAAGACCUGUGGGUAAUCGACGCCACUCGCUCGAGAAAUCAGCACCAGUAUUCAUACAUCCUUUCGCGACCCUGGCAGCAACACAUGUCGACCUUCCGAUCCGACGCCUCGAUUCUCUGUUCAAGAGUGAAGCCUUUCGACACGCCGCCGAGCCGCUCUUCGACACCACUCACGUUGAUUCUCGAAUGAACAUGAACACAGCCUUUCCAAACUGCAUGACCAACCGAGCUUUCGCGCAUGCUCUGGUUUAUUCGAUUGUACAAGCUUUCAACCUCGGCAAACCCACGGUGGAGCAACUACGAUUAAGAGGUCAGACUAUCUCUGCUCUUCACGCCUCUCUAUCCUCCAGCUCACGCAUUCCAACUUCGCCAUUGAUAGGUACCGUCAUGAUCUUGCGGGGAACUGCGUACAAAUGGGAAGACAGUGCGACCCAUGAAGUACAUGUGCAAGGCCUCGACCGACUACUUCGGUCAUCCGAGUCGCAACUUACGCCGCGCGCACGGUCCGCGCUGUUCUGGCAGGACCUGUUUGCACCCAUCUUUGUGUCUGUACCUACCAAGUCUAACAAUCAUGGCUUAGGGCGCGUUUUUGGGCAGCGGUGCCAGAAACCGCUCCGUCCUGGACUCCCCAGCGGAUUCGUCAGACACCGUGAUGUCAUCCCCCCUUCCUUGAUCGACUGCGUUGGAGAUAUCAUCAGGCUGCAGGAGGCGGUUGCUGAAUGGGGUCAGGAACCAAGACACGGCAAGCACGUCAGCUUGGACCCUAUGCAAGCUGAUCUCGAAGCAAGACUGGCCGCGCCAAUCAGUCUUGAGGCUGCACUUGGUGCUGUGGCUAACGCUGUUCGUCUAGCGCUGUUCAUCCUCACAUAUACAGCCUAUAUGGACACAUGGGAUUUCGCACUGCUACCUGGAAGGCUCGCAGAACAGCUAGUCACACUGUUGGAUGCAACUGCGCUUGAAGACGUUAUCUCCGGGUCUAGUUCUUCAAGGGCGCUUUGGAAGGGUCGAGACGACCUGCUUUUGUGGCUUCUAUUCGUCGGAGCCACAGCAGCCCGGGAGGACGGAGGCGUAGUUGAAGGGUUGGGCAGCCGGUACAAGCGGGCGCUGUCCAGGUACCAGUCAAAAAUCUCGACGGACUGGGUGUCUGCGGCCUCCAACUGUCAGGACCAUGGCGUGCAUUCGGCCGCUUUGACAAACGCCCUGCAUGACUUCCUGUACGCGGUAGGUAGUGUGGAGCGCAGACAUGGGAUCGCGGGGUGGUCCAGUAUGGAGAUUUCUGUAAGUUCCACGAGAUUCCAGGCAACAAGGGGAGUUUGA